GUGUGUAUUUCUCCAUGGAGGAGCACCUGCAUCGCGCAUGUGGGCUAACCUGCCCAGCUGACAACAGUGCUCGUUUGCCCGAUGCUGUUUGCCGCAACAUUUUUGCCAUGCUCACGGAAGGCCCAGUGGCUGUGUCAAAGCGGCGGAUGCUUGAACUGAAAAAAUUGAAUGACCGGAUGGCGGUGCUGUCUGCCACUGAGAAAGAAACAGGUUUUCCCGACAUGUCAGUGGUCGACCUUCUUACCGACGGUGUGCCCUUAGUUGGUCAGGAAGCUGAGUCCCCUUUGUUUGCAAAGCGGCCGAAGCCCAUGGACCUUGAGCCAGAUCAGCUUAAAGCCCAGGCCCUACUGCGGCGGCGCGCAUUGCAGAAGAUGAAAGGACUUGUUUCCGAACAGGAUUACAAGGCGAUGAAAGAUGAGACUUCCGAGGAACUGGCAGCGGGUUUCCUCACGGGUCCAUACCACUCGGAGCAGGAAGUCAGCGACAUCUUGAAGACCGAUGCAUGGUCGCUCUCGCCUCGUUUCCUGUUGAGGCAGGGCGAAGACGCCAAGAUAAGGAUAAUUGACGACUUUAAAAUGUCGGCGGUUAACAGGGCCUUUGGUUCCUCGUCUUUCCUAGAGCUUCAGGAUACGGAUUACGCGGUCGGCCUCCUGAGGUUCCUUUCCCGUGUGCUGCAGGAUCGCUCCAAGGUCCGGGUCCCCUUGUCUGAUGGCACCGUGCUCGAGGGGAACUGGGAUCCCGAGAUGCUCCGCCAGCCCGCUCUGCUCGGCAAGACGCUGGACUUGAGUAAAGCCUAUCGCCAGGUGAGCAUCCAUCCUUCCACGAGGGAGCACGCUGUUCUUGGCUUCCCCGACCCACAAGGCAAGUGGGAAUUUUACAUAGCCCAGAGCCUGCCUUUUGGAGCUGCUGCAAGCGUGUAUGGGUUCAACAAAGCAGCACUUGCGAUUCUUCACAUCAUGGUUGUCAAGUUCGCUGCAAUCGCGACCGACUUUUACGACGACUACACUGUAUAUGAAUUUCGCCCAGCUGCAUUCCUGCUGGACAAAGUCCUGAUGAGGCUGCUGGACCUGCUAGGGUGGACCUACGCGAAGUCUGGGCGGAAGUUUGUGCCGUUUGACAACAAGGUGGUCUCCUUGGGUGUUUCUUUGGGCCUUGACGAGAUAUGGGGAGGCACUCUCAAGGUCGAGAACAAAGCGGGACGUCUUGAAAAGAUUGCGGAGCUCCUCCGAACAGUCGCCCAGGGCGGAGCUGUGACGAGAUCUGAUGUGGCCUCGCUGCACGGCUUGAUCAACUUCGCGGGUGGACUGAUUAUGGGCUUCGAGCUGAAGCCAACGUCGCGAAUGCUGUCCCGGGCCUUGUCGGGGCCUUUCCAAGGAAGUACACUCGAACUUCGACUGGCUUGUGCGUUGGCUCUGGAUGUCAUUGCGCAGUGCAGGCCAAAGCGCUGCCCAGCUACAAUUCUGCCGCCGAUUGUGCUCUACACUGAUGGAGCCUUCGAGAAGGGGCGAGGUGCCUGGGGCGCGGUUCUUGUAGAUGCUUACACGGGCUCCCGAUGGGUCUUCGGGGGGGAAGUCUGCCAGCCGCUAAUGGGUCACUGGGGCAAGGAAGCUGGGGCCCAAGUGAUUUGUCAGGUUGAGGCCUAUGCUCUGGCAAUAACCUUGUUCGGGAUUCGCGGAGUGCUGAAAGGUCGCUCAGUCUUGGCAUGGAUUGACAACAACGCCUGCCUUUAUGGUUUCGUAAAGCGAUACUCCCCCUCGGCUUCCAUGAUGCGCCUCAUCUCCUUGGUGGCUUUGAUGGAGAGUUCCAUGGAGGCGCUUCUCUGGUUCGAGCGGGUCCCCUCUAAGAGUAACCCGGCGGACCUCCCAUCGCGGGGGCAGUUUGCAGAGGCUUGUGAGCGCUUUCGGGCCAUAAACAAAGGUGAUGUGGCAGCCACUGAUACGAUGAUGGACUUCGUUCGUGCUCCCCACUACGAGCCUAAGCUGGCUCAGGCAAUUCUUACAUCGGCUAGGCUGGAAGCUGAUUGGGCACAGGAAGUGCUGCAGUGA